AGUUCCAAGAAAAGCUCGAAGACCAUCGGCUAUGGUCUUGGUCUCGGGUAAUGUGACAAUGGCUCCCGAGUCUUUGGAACGAGCAGCAUCGUUUGCUCCCUUUGGUUCGGCAGCUAAUAUUCGGAUUGUGGGAUUAAUGGACUUGGCAGCUAAUGCCACCCCUGAAAUCAACCCGCCUCCUCAUACCGCUUAUUGGAACAAUUAUAGUGUCGAUUUGAGGAAUUUCAUCCAAAAGCUCCAGAGAUAUGUAACUACCCAUCAGCAGAGGAUUCUUGUUACCAGAGAUAUGGACAAUUUCAGAAAUCGGGAUUAUGUUCCAAUUCAACAGAGAAUGACAAGAUUAAAUUUUCACUUCCUCAUAUCU